AAAUGGGAAAGGACUACAUGUAAAAUAUGUGAGUUGUUAUAAACUGUCAUUGCCUUUCUCAAAUAAAUAAAUAAACACAUAAACCUCUGUUUGGCCCAGAAUUCUCUAGCAACAAGACAAGAGUUAGUUUUUCAAGUAACCAGGAAUCUAUACAAAGUCCACAAUCAGGUUGGUUUAAUUUAAUCUAAGUGGCUUCUUUUCCACUAAUUUCAAGUCUGGAAUUGAUUGAAUAAAAAAUUAAAUAAAUUAAUUAAUAAAAAAAAUUACCUUUAAGUCAACAAUGAGUGAAGUCCAUUUAUCACUGUAAUGAAAACCUGCUUCAGUGUGUUCCUUAUCUGGCUGACAGUUGUGUUCAAUGACUCAUCCGCCAUAUUUACUUUAGAUAGUUCUGGUAGUUUCGGUCAAAACAAAGAGUAUCUGGAUGGUAUAUGGGGGUGUGUUUAUCGAAACUCGUGCAUUCAGAUUUACUUGUGAGGUAAUGAGUAGUAUUACAGAAUAAACUGUGAGGUUCUCUGUAGUGUCCAUCGGUGCAACUCAAAGCGCCAAGCUGGAACGUGAACGCACCGCUGUUACCAUGGUUACAUGUAAACGAUCCCCCCUCUCCGUGAACCCGUUCCAUGUCUGCCUGUGCAAGAUGGCUGACAUGUCGGCAAUGAACAGAAAAGUGAUAAAAAGUCUGGCUGAAACGAUCUCAAAACAAGUGGAGCACUUCAGUAAAACAGAGGCCGAAUGCCUGAUCCUGGAGUUCAACACGCUUGUGAGGGAGCCCACUAACUCUGACAGAGGAGUCCAAGGCCUGGACAGAGCGAAGUUCAGGAACAUCCUGCUCAACACCUUUGGGAUGACCGACGACCUGAUCAUGGAUCGAGUUUUUCGGACCUUUGACAAAGACAAUGACGGCUUUGUCAGUAUAAAGGAGUGGAUCGAGGGGCUGGCUGUUUUUCUUCGAGGGACUCUGGAUGAAAGAAUAAAAUACUGUUUUCAUGUAUACGACUCGAAUGGUGACGGCUACAUCUCCAGAGAGGAAAUGUUCCGCAUGCUGAAGAGCAGCCUGAUCAGACAGCCCACCGAGGAAGACCCUGACGAAGGAAUCAAAGACUUGGUGGAGAUGACACUCAAGAAGAUGGACAAUGACCAUGAUGGCAGACUGUCUUUUGAGGACUUUGAAAAGGCAGUGAAGGAGGAGAAUCUGCUGCUUGAAGCAUUUGGAACCUGCCUCCCAGACACAACGAGUAUUGCCAUGUUUGAGCACCAUGUAUUUCAGGAAUGUCUGCAGCCAUAA